AAGGCUGAAAAUAGAACCUUAGAUUUAAACAACCAAGAUCAACGAUAAAUAGACGGUUAAACUGCUUAAAUGCAAUCAGCUCUAGAGGAGAGUAUAAAAUAUGUACAGAAAGUUCAAUCUCUCACUAUAAACAAUGAAAGUAAAGCCGAGAGCGUACCAUUCUACAAGGCGACCAACGAGGAUGACCAGGAUUGGUCAAUGUUAGUAGACGAUAACGCUAUCGUAAAUGACGACGAUUUCGAUUUCUUUGAUGAAUCACCGAAAACUGCAACUACUCAGCAAACUCCGAUUACGCCAUUCACACCUGCUACACCUUCAAUACACUACUCAUUCGUUGAUCAUACAUUAGAGGAAUUUCAAAUGCAACCUACGAAUGGUGUUAUACCCAAUGGUUAUCAACAACUUGCCUUCAAUAGGGCUAUCAGUUUGGUUAAUUAUAGCGCGAACGGAAAGUAUGCGGUCGAAGAGGGCAUACAAUCAAGAGCGAGUUAUCCACCACAUUGGUACGAAUCUUUAUCGCGGCCGCAUUUAACAAGACGCAAGAAGAAAGAGAAAGAGAAAGAUAGUCGGAUGACGUUUACGAAGGUUAUACAUGAUCGUUCAGCAACACCGUCAUCUUCUUCCGAAUACGAGAUAGACGAGGAUGCAUUUAUAAACUCAUCGGAUGAUGAUUUCGACAUCGAUACGAAUCUUUCAGUACCACCAACUCCGAUGACCUUACAUUCAAACGGUAGUAGGCUAUCGGAAGGUGCGCCAGAGAUUGUUAUACAACUCAGUGACGAAGAUCGUGUAUUACUAUCGAACAUUAGCUGGUCUAGCGCUCCUAAAGGUUAUAACAUAAAGUUCACACCUCAAGACAUUACAUCACAAUACCUCACACAGCCUAAGCUGGCACUAGGCUACGACAAUCAAGUUAUCCACACACUCCCGCAUGGCAUGCAGUACUGGGAGAAAGCAGGGUUCACACCAUUUGGUGGAAAGAAAAACAUAACAGUGUCUAUUGAAGGACAGCGUACAGAACUUCGGGAAGCUUUCUUUGAUACUUUCCGUGAUAUGUACACCAUAUGCAAUUUUGGUACUGUCAGCGUCCUACAUAGGCAGGCGACCUUACCUGAUGAACACACUGUUGUGUUUGAAAUCACAGACGUUGAUUUUAGUACACACCUUCCACGUGCUCGACAGGCGAGUCAAGAAGGUCAUACAUUCCAAUUACUUUCUAGUCAAGAAAUACAAGAGGUUAUAUCAUCCCGCGAUGCCGCUCGCGGUUUGGCGAUACGGAUCUAUGAUAGGAUCAAACUAGUUGUUCAGAAGUGGGCACCGAAGAGCCAACAACUGCAUCAGUCUGUAGAGGCUCAGUCGUUCGACUUCCCUGCAUUCGUUAUUGCGCGUAAUGGUAUAUCGCGGGAUCAAAUAGCUAUCGCAGCCGGUAUUGCCAGCGCAUUCAACUAUCAUCGGAAGCUACAUAUAGCAUAUAUCCAUCUAUCCUCAAACAGGCUACUCAUUGUUUCCAUAGAUGAGUAUUCCCAUUUCCAUGAUGUGCAAUUAGUCGACAAGGUUGGACGAACUUCUAAACAAACAAUAUUGGAAUACUUCAAGGUGUUCGAAUUAGAGACAUCCAUAAGAUGGAGUGUGAGGGUUAUAACGCCUUCUGCUAUUCCAAAUGAUGAUGAAUUAGGAGAUUGGAAAGCCACUAAUGCAGACGACCUAGAUUUACAUUUUUAUACAUUCAACACACUAGAAGGUAAACACGAUGCCAAUAAAGCGGACUAUGGUUGGGAGGAUAAUCUAAAUUAUGCCACAAUUAAUUCAGGAUGUAACAGGGUAUUAAAAAUAACAAACCAUUCAACGACUAUCAAUCAUAAUUUUGAAAAUUACAUUCAGUCAUUGCAUAACUUAUCAUUCAUAACGAAAUACAAAAAACAUCCAAGAAAUGAAGACAACUUACCAUACCAUCUACACAAGCUCUUGACUAUAUCUCAAUAAAAGAGCUAAAGAACGUACACAUUUGUAUUUUUACUUGUAAAA